UUUAACAAUUCAACACACUUCCAUCAAAAAUUAUGAUUAUUUUCCUGAAAAUUUUCAUAUUUGUUAUCCCUCUUACCAGCUCCCAGAUAAACAAUGCUUGCAAAAACUUCGAAAGCUACUUCAAUAUCUAUUUUAGCUCGGAUUGUUUUUACAUACCUGAUAACCAUUUAAGCGCCCCUGAAAUAAUAAAACAUCAUGUAGGCGUAUUCGAACACCACAAAGUUACGACCGAAGAUGGUUACAUUUUGGGCCUUUUUCGGAUUCCUCGAAUUAAUCCAAAAGGCGUAAUUCUUUUACAACACGGUUUUGUACAAGAUGCCACGUGCUGGGUGUCUCAAUAUAAUAAAUCGAUAGCCUUCUGGUUCUGGAACGCCGGUUAUGAUGUUUGGAUGACCAACAGUCGAGGCACUUUUUAUUCGAAAAAACAUAUUAAUCUAACAUCCAGUGAUGAAGAAUUUUGGAAUUUUACGUUUCACGAAAUCGGAUAUUAUGAUUUAGAUGCUGUUAUAAAACAUAUUAAAUUGGCAACAAAUCGCUCCAAGCUAAUUAUUUUGGCAAAUUCAAUGGGUUUUACUUCUAGUCUAGUCUAUGCCUCUAUGAAAUGUGAACAAGCCGCCGAAAACGUACAAAUUUUGAUUGGUUUGGCCCCGGUUUGGAGCCUGAAAUAUACAAAAAGUUUGCAUAAAUGGAUCACUUUCCCCUAUGUCCAUUUCAUACUUAAAAGUGGGUUAAAUCGCGUAAUUAAUUGGUACAGUUUUCCAGAACACGAUGAAUGGAUGCUGUGGUCAAUAAGACUGUUUAACAAAAUUUUCCCUUUUAAAAAAUUAUAUGUUUACCUUGAAUCUCUAUUUUAUGGCUGGAGCAAAGAUGAAUUAGAUCCUAGUUUUAUCAAUAUGGUGAUUGACCAUUUUGGAGCUCCAAGUUCUUUGAAAAAUUAUGAACACAUUUAUCAAAUUAGCAACUAUGGAGAAGUCCGUAUGUUUGAUUAUGGAAAUACUAACAAUUUGGUUACUUAUGGAUCGGAAACGCCUCCACCAUAUGCGUUAGAAAACGUUUCAGUGCCUAUUCUUUUAAUUUAUGGCACAAAUGAUUAUUUAACUCAAGCUGGUGAUAUAGAUGCCUUAUAUCAGAAACUCCCUGAAAAGGUUAAAGUUUAUGAACAUCAAAUGGCAAUUGACGGAUUUUCUCAUACAGAUUUUUACUAUGGCAAGCACAGAUAUGAAAUGUUGUACAAAAAACUAAUUGAAUUUCUUGAUACAUUAGUAUAAUCAUUUAAAAAUGCAAAAUAACAUUAUAAUGACAAUGUUGCAAGUAAAAAGAAUUGUCCUUGGAUCUACUAACCAAUUGUUGUAUAUUUUUGUUUUAUUUUAAAACACCAAUGAUAAUGAAACUAUUUAGUAUUAAGAAAGUGGAAGAAAUAAGUAAUUUUUGCAGUAGACACCAUUAAACUCUAUUUUGGGAUGCAUUAUUUAUAUUUUUUUAGGUUUGUGAUUGUUUUUUGUUUCAUAUUUCACUCAAAAUUUUUGUCAUUAAUGAAAAAGUAUUGACAUAAAUAUAGUUAUUUAUUCGA